AUGAUACUACUCUUUUUAUUAGUUAAUGCAACUUAUCAAACAGUGAUUUAUCAGUUUUAAGCAAAUUUUAACAUAAUAGAUGGUAAUUUAUUAAUUUAUAGAUAUUUAAUAGGAUGGGAAGAUUUAGAAGGUUAUUCUAAUUUCUUUACUUGUGGAGUGCAUAAAUAUUUCGGUUCACCUAAUAAUUUUUUUUUUAUUAGCAGGAUAUUUGUUGAUUUAGAACCUCAUUCUCAUAUUAAAAUGGAGGCAGAAUUUUUAAGGUAAUUAUUAUUGUUAAUUCCAAAGAAUUGAUGAUUAUGCUCCUCUUUAUUUUGCAAUCAAUUUUAUAAGAAUGGAUUAUGCGUUAGUGGUAUCUGAUUAAAAUAAUAUUUGUGGUAAUUCAAAUUCAGAAUAAAUACAUACUAUUUCUUUAAUUUAUUCUCAUAACAGAAGAUCUAUUUGGAUAGAUUCAAAAUUUUAUAAUGGAGGAUUGAAAUCAUUCACUUUAAGUAUCAUUAAAUGUUAGUAUGAAAGUGCUGGAUGCAUUGAGAAUUAUCCUAAUUAUUAAUUAUAUUGGACAUUGCAUUAAUAUUCAUUUAAUCAUAAGUUGAUUACGAAUUUUGAUGGAUGGACUUUCGCAACAAAUUAUAUUACUAACUUAUUUUGUGGAAGAUGCGAAUUUGUCGAAUUUACUCAAAUUACAUAUUCUACUUAAAUACCUCCUCAUGAAUAUAUAUUAAUAAGGUUUUUUAAAGAUGAUUGGAAUACUAUAAUAGUAGACUAUGUAUAUGGUAAAUAAACUAUUAGUACCAAUUAUUUAGUAGAAAUAUUAAUAAAAAAUCAUUAUGGUUCUGAGCUUUUACUGGAUAUUAAAACUUAAUCAAAUUCAAUUUAUAGUAAGAUAAGAGAUUUUGAAUUAUUUUACUCUAAGUCAGAAGUACAAAUUUAAAGUUUUAAAGAAGGUUGUUUGGAAUAAGUUUAUGAUACAUGCCUGAUUUGCAGAGAAGGUUGGAUUUAAGAUGAAUUUCUAGAAAAUUGUAUUCCUAUAUGUGGUGAUGGAAUAAUUUAAGGUUAAGAGGAAUGUGAUGAUGCUAAUCUAAUAUCUAAUUAUUCUUGUUACUAAUGCAAAUAUAAAUGUAUAGAAUUUUGUUAAAUUUGUUAAUUUGGAAUUUGUUUACAAUGUGUGGAUGGAUUUGAAUUUUCUUUAAACAGGCAAAAGUGCAUACCUAUAUGUAAUGAUGGUAUCAUUUAACAAUUUGAAAUAUGUGAUGAUUAAAAUAAUAUUUAAUUUGAUGGAUGCUACAAAUGUUAAUAAAAUUGUGAUUUAAGAUGUUAACUUUGUAUAGAUUAGAAAUGUUAGUUUUGUGAGAUAGGAUGGGAACUUAGAGAUAAUAAAUGUUAUUCUAUUUGUGGAGAUGGAUUAAUUGUUUAAUAUUCAUCUGAAUAAUGUGAUGAUGGAAAUUAGAUUAAAAAUGAUGGAUGUUUUGAUUGCCAACUUGAAUGCAAAUCUAAUUGUCUUAUAUGCUUAAAUUACUAAGUUUGUAUUAUUUGUUAAGACCAUUAUCAGUUAGAAGGAUAAUCAUGUAUACCAAUCUGUGGUGAUGGAAUUAUUAUAGCUGGAUUUGAAGAUUGUGAUGAUGGAAAUAUUGAACCAAAUGAUGGAUGUUAUUAAUGUAAAUAUGAAUGUUCAUUAGGCUGUCUUGAUUGUGAAAAAGGAGGAUUUUGUAAAAAAUGUGAUAAUUAAUAUAUCUUAAAUAAUCAAACAGCUUAAUGUUAAUAAAUAGAAUAUUUAAAUAAUUAGAAUUAAGAUAUAGAUAAAAAUAAAGAUGAAAUUAAGAAUCCCUUAAAUAUUUUAUGUCAAAGAAACUUCAUUUUAAUAGAUGAUCAAUGUGUUAAUUAAUGCGGAAACGGAUUACUUUAAGAAUAAGAGAAAUGUGAUGAUGGAAAUGAUUAACCAGCCGAUGGAUGUUAAGAUUGUUUAAUUUAAUAAAAUUGGAAAUGCAUCACAAUAAUUAGAGAUUCUCCUAGUUAAUGCACAUAUGUCAAGGCUCCAAACUUAGUAAUUAAUUAUCUCAAUAUGACUUAAAAUAAAUAAUAUAUAAGCAUCUAAUUUAAUGAAUAAGUAAAGAUACUAACAAAUUAACUUUUAUCAGAAACUAUAAAUUUUGAAUUAUUAAAUAUAGAUAAGAAGAAAUGGAAUAGUAGUUUAAAUAUAAUUUAGGAUGUUGGAUUAUAUAUGAGUUUUGGAGAAUAUGUUGUUUAAAUAGAAGUUUACUAAUUACUUGAAUUUAGACCAAUCCUGAAAAUAUUAUUAAAUCAGACAGUUGUUAAUAUAAAUAAUGCUGCUUUAGAAGACUUCGAAAGAUCUAUAACAUUAUAAUAUCCAACAUAUCUAGAUGAAAAAUAAAAAGAUUAUUCAAAUAAGUUAAAAAGCCUUAAUUAAUAUAUAAUAUAUGGUUUGUCUGGAAUUACUGGUGUAAAUCUUCUAUUAGGAAGUGGAGAGUUAUUUGUUGA